AUGGACGAAACUCAAUACACUGAUAACGCAUUGCGUAUUAUACAAAAUGCAACCAACUUGUGUAAAGAAAAUUCAAAUACUCAAUUGCUUCCAUUACAUUUGUUAGCUGCAUUCAUCCCCAGUGAUGACACAGAAAAAUCCACACCAUACUUGCAAACAUUGAUUCAAAAAGCAAGGUACGAAUGGCCCGCAUUUGAACGAACAGUAAACAAACACUUGGUUAGAUUACCAAGUCAAAACCCACCGCCCGAUGACGUUAGACCUAGCUACCAAUUGGGCCAAGUGUUGCAAAAUGCCGCCAAGAUUGAAAAACAACAAAAGGACUACUACAUUGCCCAAGACCAUUUGUUGUUGGCUCUUUUGGAGGACCAAUCAGUCAAGGAUAUUUUCAAAGAGGCCGGUAUCAAGACUGAUGCCAUCAAGGCCCAGGCAUUAGAGUUACGAGGCGACCAAAGAAUUGAUUCAAGACAAGCUGAUUCCUCCUCGAGUUAUGAGUUUUUGAACAAGUACUGUGAGGAUUUCACUGAAAAGGCCAGAGAGGGUAAGAUUGAUCCUGUUAUAGGAAGAGAAGAAGAGAUUAGGCGUGUGAUUAGGGUCCUUGCAAGAAGAUCGAAAUCGAACUCGGUUCUUGUGGGAGAUGCCGGUGUGGGAAAAACAUCGAUUGUUGAAGGUGUUGCUCAAAGGAUUGUUGAUGGAGAUGUGCCCAAUGUUUUGUCAAAUGCAAGAUUGUUUUCUCUUGAUAUGGGUGCGUUAACUGCUGGGGCAAAGUACAAGGGUGAGUUUGAAGAGAGAUUAAAGGGGGUCUUGAAUGAUAUCUCCAAAUCCAAGGAAUUUAUCAUUUUGUUUAUUGAUGAAAUCCACACUGUUAUGGGUGAUGGCAAAUCCGAUGCUGCCAAUCUUUUGAAACCAAUGUUGGCCAGAGGUGAAUUGCAUUGUAUUGGAGCCACCACGUUUGCCGAAUACCGUAAAUUCAUUGCCAAGGACGGUGCUUUUGAUAGACGUUUCCAAAAAAUUGACGUCCCAGCAGCAACUGUCAAUGAAACCAUUGCAAUCUUGAGAGGAUUGCAACCACGAUACGAAAUCCAUCAUGGAGUGAGAAUCUUGGAUAGCGCUCUUGUCACAGCUGCGCAAUUGGCCUCGCGUUACUUGACUUACCGAGCAUUGCCUGAUUCAGCAGUUGAUUUAGUCGAUGAAAGUGCCGCUGCCGUUGCCGUUGCUAGAGAUUCCAAACCUGAAGAAUUGGAUAACCUUGAACGAGAAUUGCAUUUGGUUGAAGUUGAAAUCAAUGCGUUGGAGAGAGAUAAGGACGCCGACUCCAACUCCAAAGAGAGAUUGGAAGCUGCCAAGAAGAAGAAGGCUAGCAUUGAAGAACAAAUGGGACCAUUAAAGGAAAGGUUUAAUCAAGAACGUGCCGGUCACGAUUUGCUUAUUGCCGCAAAGAGAAAAUUGGAUGAGUUGGAAGUUAAAGCACAAGAUGCGGAGAGAAGACAUGAUACUGCCACUGCUGCCGACUUGAGAUACUUUGCCAUCCCCGAUGUUGAAAAACAAAUUGAAGAAUUGGAAGUUAGAGUUGCAGAGGAAGAGUCUGCCAAUUUGGACAGCUUAUUGAAGAAUGCAGUUGGUCCCGAUCAAAUUUGUGAGACAGCUGCUAGAUUGACUGGUAUUCCAGUUACAAAAUUAAGUCAAGCUGAAAAUGCCAAGUUGAUCAACUUGGAAUCGGAAUUGUCGAGCUCGGUUGUUGGUCAAUCAGAAGCGGUUAAAGCGGUGUCCAAUGCCAUCAGAUUGAGGAGAUCAGGAUUGUCAAACCCUAACCAACCACCUUCGUUCCUUUUCCUUGGUCUUUCUGGAUCUGGUAAGACUGAAUUGGCCAAGAAAUUAGCCGGGUUCUUGUUUGCUGACGAAAAAGCAUUGAUUCGCAUUGACUGUUCUGAAUUGGACAAAUGGUCCACAUCCAAAUUGUUGGGUUCCAACGCUGGAUUUGUCGGGUAUGGAGAAGGAAACAUUCUUGCAGAACCAUUGAUUAGAAGACCAUAUUCAGUUGUGUUGUUUGAUGAAGUUGAAAAAGCAGCUCCCGAAGUGUUGACCAUCUUGUUGCAGAUUUUGGAUGAUGGUAGAAUCACUGAUGGUGAGGGAAAAUUGGUCAAUUGUUCCAAUGCCAUUUUCAUAAUGACAUCCAAUUUGGGAGCUCAAUACAUUAGUGAAUCAAAGGGAAGCAAAAUUGAUACCAGCACUAAAGAGCAUGUCAUGGCUGCUGUUAAAUCACAUUUCAGACCGGAAUUUUUGAACCGUAUUUCCAACAUUAUCAUUUUCAACAGAUUGUCGAGAAAGGCAAUUGCCAAGAUUGUUAAAAUCAGAUUGAAUGAGUUGACAAAGAGAUUUGAAGAUAAUGGAAAGAGGAUCACCUUGCACUUGGAUGACGAUGCCAUGAACUACUUGAUAAAGAAUGGAUGGUCGGCGGACUUGGGUGCUAGACCAUUGAAUCGGUUGAUUCAAAAUGAGAUAUUGAACAAGUUGGCAAUUUACAUUCUUAAAGGACAAAUAAAGGAUAAAGAAACCGUUAAUAUUGUUGUUGGUGAGAAAGGUUUGGAAGUGCUUCCAAACCAUGAGGCUGAGGAUGAAGAUAUGAAUGAUGUCAAUGAGUGGCAAGAUAGUGAAGAUGAGGAUGAUGAUGAGAAGGAAGAAUUGGACUAG